AUGAAGGUCAUUAUCGCUGGCGCCACUGGCUUUGUUGGGAAACAAGUUGUCGUCCAAUCCAUCGAGAACCCCGAGAUUUCCUCAAUCAUCGUGCUUACUCGGCGCAAUAUCGACGAAAAGCUAAGCCAAAAUCCCAAGGUGCAGGUCAUCCUGCACGAGGACUUCCAGUCGUAUCCGGCAGACCUGCUCGAGCAACUUCAAGGAGUGCAAGGCUGUGUUUGGUGCCUAGGAGGCAAGGUCGAGGACUUCCCCGAUCUUCAGACUGCGAGGAAGGUCGGCGUCGACUUCACCUUGGCCGCCGCAAACGCCUUCGUGGAAGGCAUCUGUCCAAACCUGCAACCAGGACAGAGAUUCCGGUUCGUCUUCUGCAGCGGCAACGGGGCCGAAUGGGACCAGGACAAGAAACUCUGGCUAUUUCCCGACACCCGAAAAUUGAAGGGUGCCGCGGAACGGGGCUUGCUGGACAUUGCCGACGCCAAUCCAGACGUGUUCGAGGCGAUCGUGCUUCGUCCAGGCGGCGUCGUACCCGAUGAGAGCGUCGUACUCGGCAAGAUCGCAUCGCUGAUGACCCCGGUCGUCCCCGUCACUCAGCUGGCGAGGGCGCUGAUUAGAUCUUGCAUCAGCCCGCCACCAGAGAAGGUCGUUGAGAAUCGGGAAAUUCUGCAGCUUGGUUCUUGAUGGUUGGCAAGGUGCGUUUUCAAGGAGACAGGGACAGGGCAGUCUCUCGGUAAAGGCCAGGGCGUUUCCUAUGUUGAGCCUCCCUUGAGGAGCGGGAUUCAACACUGAGCGAUGAUCUUUCUUGG